ACUACAUCCCCCAGCAUGCAGCGCGGCAAGGUAGUCGUCGUCGUCAUCGCCGUGUUGGGCGUGGUCUCCUCCCCUGGGCGUGUCCCUGUUCCUCCUCCUGGUGGCGCCCUUCCCCUCCAGCGCAGCUCCUCCGCCAAUCGCAGCGCGGGUGACCUCAGAGCCCCGCCGCAGAUAGGCGCCUCCGAACCUUCCGGGCGGAAAGAUAGAAGGAGCAGCACCGCCAGCAGCACCAGCAGGAGCCCUCUCUCGCCUGACGACGCCAUGUGUGACUUCUCCGAAGACCAGACCGCUGAAUUCAAAGAGGCUUUCCAGCUCUUUGACAGAACAGGGGAUGGCAAGAUCCUGUACAGCCAGUGCGGAGAUGUGAUGAGAGCCCUGGGCCAGAAUCCCACCAAUGCUGAAGUCAUGAAAGUUCUUGGGAACCCCAAGAGUGAUGAAAUGAAUAUGAAAACAUUGAGCUUUGAACAGUUCUUGCCUAUGAUGCAAACAAUUGCCAAGAACAAGGACCAGGGAUGCUUUGAGGACUACGUGGAGGGGCUAAGAGUCUUUGACAAGGAGGGGAACGGCACAGUGAUGGGGGCAGAAAUACGUCACGUUCUGGUCACAUUAGGGGAGAAAAUGACAGAGGAAGAAGUAGAGAUGCUUGUAGCUGGCCAUGAAGACAGCAACGGUUGCAUUAACUAUGAAGCAUUUGUGAGACACAUCUUAUCAGGGUGAAUUCGAAUGGGAGUUGGUGCGGAUGGUUCUGAGCGGCUGAAGAUCACCUCUAGCUUCUCCUGUAAAAGCCACCUCCCGUUUAUCCUUAACAUGUUUGUGCCUUUUUAUCUGUGUAUGAAACUAAUUUGGUUCCCUCUUCUCUGACCUCUUGGUUUAGUCCAGGGAGGGAGGGGUUAGAGAAUUUAAAAAUAUCUAAAGAAGGGUGCUCCUGAGUAGAAGUGCAGCAAAGUAAAUCUCUGGCUGGCUUGUCUUUGCAUCACAAUUUCCAGAAGUGUUUGGCUCUUUCUCCUUGUCAAUUGCUUUAAUAAACUGUUCCAAAAAGUG